AUGCCUGUUGGCGGUGGGGGUUCUCCCCCUCGCCCUGUGCCUUCAACGGAUGCAAGUCGGAGUGUUUCCCCUUUCAGUCGAACAACCCUCUCUAACGAAGACUGGCUUGACCACUUGUUUUCAAAUUUAAGGGAAAAAGUUGACCGUAUCUUGAAGAUAUGGGAUGACAUUGGUCUCGACGAAAAGCCCUACAAAGAACGCAAAUGCAUACUAAAGCGACAUCUGGACAUGUUACUAGAUAAUAUGAUAUCAGAAGAAGAAAGGUCCGUUGCUCAUCUCCACUCAGUCGUGAAUGAAAUGGAGGUAAAGGUUAGCAAACUGAACGGUAUUCUUGGCUUGAAGGACGAACAACUACAGCAGAAUCUGCCUCUUAUUUUACGCGAACGAAACUUGGCGGAGGCUUACAAGCACCUCUCAGUUAUGGUAUCAAACCGAAUUGGCCGUUUCAGAUCACUGGUAGCUGAACAUCAACGCCUUAGUAAAGCACUGGGCAGACCUCUCAAGCAUUAUGCCUACGAUUAUGCCCCUUCACCGCAACUACUUGAGGCAAUUGAACGUGACAUUAAUGAACUUCUCAUAAAGCUGGCACAGCGUUAUGCUGAGACGUGCAAUCAUAAGAUACCCAACCAAGUCAUUGAAAGCGAUACUACUACCGGAGGAAAUGACGACUGCACACUGUCCUCAAACACUUGUGAUGCAAACUCAAACACAAGCACUUCCACUUUUCUUAGCUUAAAGAAGCGUGUUGCUGUGAUAAGGGAGUGUACGCAGACCAACAGGUUGAAAGAGACGAUCAGUUCUAAUCUGUAUGAGUUACAUAAACUCUUUGACGAAUGUUUGGUGGAUCCUUGCAUACGCGAACUUUACCCAUUGGAGACAAAUGAAAGUUCGUUGGACGAGGUUUACCUAGAGCACCUAGAAACUCAAAUCAAGGACUGGCAGGACUAUCGUACUCGCCACACUGACGCAAUCGCAGCUUUCUAUUCUUGGCGUGCUUCAUUCGCUCGUCUACUUCAAGUUGAGGAGCUGUUGUACGAAUCAAAACAUCCUGAGACACGAAGCAAGGAUCUUUUCAAAUUGGAAAGGGAGGCCAUCUCAAUCAGGGAGCGGAUUCUUCCUCAGCUAGAAAAGCUCUUGUUUUCGGCGGCGCGCAAAAGUAGGAACUUCAAGAUUUUCGGUCUGCCUGCCAAAGUUUACAUCGAUGAGGUUAGAAGGGAGGCUGAUAUAGCUCCACCAGGAACGCAACGACUCAGUUCAGAAAAACAGGCUCAGCUUCUUUCGAAAUCUGCACUCCUGCGUACCUCUAACACUACUAAUGCUCGAAGCAAUUUGCGAAAAUCCCUUUUAAGGCUCAAUCAACCACCACAAUCGAUUGUCGUCACAGCUGGGGCUCCUUCGGACGGUUCAAGUUUGAGAGCUAAUUCUUAUUCUGAAUUCAACAAUCCCCACCCUGACAAUAACCAAUCAGCCUCUGCUGUUUCCAAUUCCGCCAAGCUUAGUGAAAAAAGGCCUGGUGGUUUGAAGGCUGAGUGGCCCGGAUUGAGGGACGAGGCUGGCAGUACCACCUUUCCAACCGCUUCAUCAUCUUCAAAGAUUGUUACACCAAGUCGACUUCGUCCACCGCGUAUUAUGGUGGGAUCAGCCUCUAAAACUCGGAGUCCCUUUGUUCCUUAUGGAGGGAUGCAGCAGACAUUCCGGCGGCCUCCCCGGCUACCUGCGGAUUCAUCACACCCGAUAUCAGUGCUGGAUUUUUUCAGUCGUGGCGGCGGGAAACUAGCCCAAGUUUCAAGAAAACUAGAGUUUCCAUGUUUUGGAACUUUGUCGAUCAAAAACGCGGUAUCACGGGUUUGUGCACAGUCAAGCUUGGGCGAUCUGAAUCCUACUUCUUCUAGUCGUUCAGCUAAUCACGAAGACAGCAAUCCGAGCACACACCAAUCCGCAUCCCCUACCUCCGUUAAAAGUGACCCCGUCUUCGCAACACCAAUUGGUCGGGCCCCUGUGGCUCGUAAGAAGGGUACAACCACUCUUCAUCUGUCGGCCUCUUGCGGUUCUCUGAAUCGACUAGCACCACUGUUUGAAGUGCCAUCUCGUCCGGUCUCAGUGAUGGACCUUUUCGGACCUCGAUGCAAUAAUGCCAUUCCUACCCUUGCGGCUAAAAAGACUAGUGGGAAUAAAAUAACUCCAGGCCCCAAGGGGGCGAUGUUUUCAGGAUGGAAAGCAAAGAUGGACAGGGAGACGACUUUACAAGAUGGAUUAAGCGACCGCCUUAUAACUCCAGGGUUUUCCUCUUCCACUUCCCUCCUUGCGGGCAAUCGAUCAGCAUCCCCCAUUUCCGCUAAAAGCGAAGAGAUCUUCACUACACCCGUUUGUCGAGCUCCUAUCCCAAGCAUUCAAAAGAAUGGUCUUCAUACUGCUCCCUUGGUCUCAACGACUACGACAUCAAGUCGACUGCGUACAACGCGUGUUGUGGCAAGUUCUGCAGUCAUAACUCCAAUCAUGUCGACCCCUCGCAGUCGGCUGGAUCAAAUGACAUCACGGGCUCUGCCAGCUUCUGAAGAGUCGUCGCGUUCACUCUCAGUGGUUGAAUUUUUCCGCCGUGGUGGUAAGCAUGAUACCAUGAAAAGCAUCCUGCCACAACUUUACGAAGCCGGCCAACAGAUGAACACGAGCCUUCAGGAGGAUAUCAUUUUUUAG